UCAAAAUUUAACGUAAGUGACAUCCCCAUUAUUUGCCGACAAUUUACAAACCGUCUUGUAAAUCUAUCAAUAUGAUAUAUCUAAAAUAAGCUAUAAAGACAAGCAUUUGUUUCUUUUUAUAAACUUAAACGGAUUAUCUUAUACCGUGUGUUGAUAUAAAAUUAUUAUUAACUAAUCUUCAUUUCAAAAGAUGCAUACCUGCGAUAAAAUAAACGCUUAUAAAAAUAUAUUUUUAUCCUAAAAAUAAAUAUUUAUACACGGUGAUCGCAUUCAUUCGAAAGCCUAAUAGUCUCAGGCUCGGACGGACGCGCAAACGCGCACGUCGCCACUCAUCACUUUCUUUACGCAAGAGCGUCACGUUUAUUUGUGUGGGUACGUUUGGUUGCGUGGAUGAACCGGCAUUUAUAGAAGAGGGGCAAUGCCUCGGGAUCCUUCGGAAAAGCCUAUGGGAAGAUCUCGGCUUACCUCAGUGUGCUUUGGUGCCGCGCAAUACUUACAAUCGGUCUUCAGUAUUACACCAGUGAAAUUUAAUUUCAUCAGCUUAUAGAAUAUAAAAGAUAGAUAGAUAGAUAGAUAGAGAGAGAAAGAGAGAGAGAGAGAAAAAAAAAACGAAGGAAUACUUUUUCAACGCGUAUGAACUUUUUUGGAGUCUAAUCACGAAAAGAUAAAAGAGAAGAUCCUGACUUUAUACAUGGCAAAGGAAAACAAUUCUACAGGCCGACAUGGCCCACUAUUUCCAGUCCGAUAUUUAAUGGCCAUACUUGGAUCCAUCGGUUUGGCUAUUAUAUAUGGUUUUAAAGUUAAUGUCAGCGUAGCUAUCGUCGCGAUGGUGAAUCAUACAGCCGUACGACUUUCAUCGAUGCACGAUGAAUUAAAAAGUGAAAAUGCAAGUUUAAAAAUAACGGAAGCUUGUCGAGAUGAUGCAAUUUCAAACACAACAGUAUCUUCUACCGAGGAUGGCCCUUUUGUAUGGGACGAACCUCUUCAAGGUCUUAUUUUAUCCGCUUAUUUUUGGGGCUAUAUGGUAUCCUUAUUACCAGGUGGCAGAAUGUCAGAACUGUUAUCAGCUAAAUGGGUAAUGAACGGAUCCGUUUUGUUGAACGUCGCAGCAUCGAUACUAUCGCCUAUUGCAGCGAAUGUACACUACUCAUUAUUUAUUAUAAUGAGAUUCAUUCAAGGCCUCGGUGGGGGCGUAACGUUUCCGGCUAUGCAUGUAAUGAUCGCCAAAUGGGCUCCACCGAAUGAACGAAGUGUUCUCGCAUCGAUCGUUUAUGCUGGUACUGCUCUUGGUACCGUGAUCUCCAUUCUAUUAUCGGGAAUACUGGCCGCAAAUCUUGGCUGGGUAUGGAUCUUCUAUAUCGAAGGUCUAUUAUGUUUAAUUUGGUGUACUGCUUGGUGGUUGAUAAUCGAAGACUCUCCGGAAGAACAAACGAGAUUUAUCAGCGAGGAGGAAAAGAAUUACAUCAUGGAAUCUUUGGGCCAUACUAAAAACAUUAGCGGUCACAAAGAGAAAUUACUAGUACCAUGGGGACAACUAUUAAGGUCUACUCCCUUUUUGGCAAUCUUGAUAGCACAUUUUUGUAGCAAUUUUGGAUGGUACAUGUUACUCAUUGAAUUACCAACUUACAUGAGUCAAAUAUUAAAAUUCAAUAUGAGUUCGAACGCUGGUUUAUCCGCAAUGCCGUUCUUAUGUAUGUGGAUUUUUACUAUGACUCUCAGUAAAGUAUUGGCUAUUAUGCAAGAUAAGAAUUUAAUAACAGUAACCAUGUCAAGGAAGAUAGGAACUUUAUUCGCAUCGUUUGUUCCAAUGAUUUGUCUAAUUGGGGUAUCUUAUGUUGGAUGUAAUCGUGCUUUAGCAGUAGUAUUGAUGACUAUAGGUGUUACUUGUAUCGGUGGAAUGUAUUGUGGCUUCCUAUCUAAUCACAUAGAUAUUGCGCCAAAUUUUGCCGGUACAUUAGUUGCUAUAACAAAUUGUAUCGCUACUAUACCAGGCUUUAUAGUUCCUAUUUUUGUUGGAAAAUUGACCCAUGGAAAUCAAACAGUAGAGGCAUGGCGAAUUAUAUUCUUUGUAACUGUGGGACUUUAUAUAAUCGAAAUACUCGUUUACAGUAUCUUUGGAUCAGGUGAAGAACAACCAUGGAAUAAAAUGAAUUCCUCUUCUGAAGGAGUCAAUGAUCAAACUUUACCUCUGAAAAAAAAUCCUAGAAAAUAA